CGCCUAACAGUACAUUUCGUGUAUUUAUUUUAUUAAAACAAAAAAAAUUCACGCCAAGGAAUCAUUCAUAAUUUUGCUGCUUGUGGGUUAGAUUUUUCUGAUUUCCCAUGACAAUGGAGGAAAUAUGCAGAGUUUGCAUGGCAAGGUCCGAAGCACUCGAAAACAUAUUCGACGAGGCACAAGCAUGGGACACUUCCAUUGCUGACAUGAUAGCACAGUGUACAGGGUACAUGGUUAAGCGAGGGGAUUCACUGCCAGAAAACAUAUGCCCGCCCUGCCUUGAGGAUGCAGUGAGUGCAUUCAGUCUUAAGACCACCUGUGAACAGAGCCAUAAACUCUAUUUCACACUUAUGGAAAAGGAUAAAGACCUCUCUGAUAAUCAUGAAGAUGAGAACACAGAAAUUACAUGUAGUAGAGGCGAACAGUCGGAUUUUUCUGACGAUGAAAAAAUACAUCAAGAUGAUAAGGAUGCGGACUCUCGGUUCAAAUGUCCUCAAUGCCCGAAGUCCUAUAUGCGAAAAUCCAGUCUCCAAUAUCACAUCCGUACGCACACAGGUGAUCGGCCCUACAAAUGCUCCUUCUGCUCGAAAUCCUUCCCACAAAAAUUCAGACUUGAUGCACACACCCGUACUCACACAGGGGAUCGACCCUACAAAUGCUCGUACUGUUCAAAGUCGUUUAUACUAAAAGCCGAACUCAAAGUACACAUCGGUACGCACACAGGGGAUCAACCCUACAAAUGCUCCUACUGUUCAAAGUCCUUCCCACAAAAAUCCACGUUUGAUAUACACACCCGUGCUCACACUGGGGAUCGGCCCUACAAAUGCGACGACUGCUCAAAGUCGUUUAAACACAAACACGAACUCAAAUUACACAUCGGGACACACACAGGUGAUCGACCCUAUAAAUGCUCCUUCUGCACGAAAUCUUUCGCACAAAAAUGCAGACUUGAUGCACACACCCGUACUCACACAGGGGAUCGACCCUACAAAUGCUCCGACUGUCCAAAGUCGUAUAUACAUAAACAUGAACUCAAAUUACACAUCCGUACGCACACAGGUGAUCAACCCUUGAAUUGCUCCUUCUGCUCAAAAUCUUUCGCACAAAAAUGCAGACUUGAUGCACACACCCGUACUCACACAGGGGAUCGACCCAAUAAAUGCUCCGAAUGCUCAAUGUCGUUUAUAUACAAACACGAACUUAAACUGCACAUGCGAGUGCACACUGGGGAGCGACCGUAUGAGUGCAAUCAAUGUUCAAAGGCAUUUACACAACCUAAUAUUCUCAAAGCGCACAUGAAAACCCAUUUUGGAAAGCAGCUGUAGCAGCGUGCUUAUGACGGAAAGUCCCUUAAAGUCAGUCGAUCUUCGAAAACACAAUUAUACCUUUACUAUUCGAGAGAACAUUCGUGGUGUAUGAACGGUUAAGAACGGACAUAAACAUUAUAUUGCUAAGAAAAAAUCAAACAAGUUGAUUUUCGAAAGUCCAAAAAAUAUAUUGUUAAUUUGAAAUGCAAAUUCAUUAUAUUACAAGUA